AUGUGGCCCGAGGUGGAUGCAGCGAAAAGCGAAAAUCGUCGCGAGCUGAAGCUAACCGGUGCCCAGGUAUCCGAGAGGAUUGCGAAAAACGACGGUAAUCUGGAUGACGCUAUCUACCAGCUGUCCGUCUUGAAUCUGUUGGAAGUGAGUGACACUGCAUUGGAGAAGAUUUCACAACGCAUCGACAAACUGCAUCAUCUACAGUCGUUGUUACUGUAUCGAAACAGAAUUACACAAGUUCCGGCAACGAUCGGACUGCUGGGCGAGCUGAAGGUGUUGGAUCUGUCUGGCAACAGGUUGACGGAAUUGCCGAUCGAGUUUGCAAAGCUUCGCUUCCUGACAACGCUGAAUUUGUCGUUCAACCGGCUGAAAACCGUUGAUCUCACUGCGUUGGAAAAGCUCAGUGUAUGCAAUCUGUCUGGCAAUGAGUUGGCUGUGGUUCCACAGUUCCAUAUCGGCCAGGCACACCAUCUGACGGAGGUGAAUUUAGAGAAAAAUUGUAUUGUGGUGCUACCAGAAGAACUCACACAACAGUAUAUUCUGCGUGUGUUGAACGUGGCAGAAAAUAAAAUAGAACAAGUCCCAAAAUAUAUAACCAAAUGUGCAAAGCUGAAGGAAAUAAACCUUAAAGGUAAUCCGCUGAAGGAUAAACGCCUGUUGAAGCUGGUAGAUCAGUGUCGCACCAAACAGGUACUCGAUUAUGUCGUCAAAAACGGCUACGAUCCUUCGAAAGCAUCUGCAAAGGAGGAUGCUUCCUGCGCUGAAGACCCGCCGACAGCGGAAAAUCACUCGAAUGGGUCACAGGAGUCACAAUCCGUCCAGGAAGAUGAGAGCCAGCUGAAGAUAGUUGUUCGCAAAGCAACAGAAAAUACUCCGAAAUUGACGUUCACACCAGAAGCCCGUGCUAACCGUCCCUACAUUGUGCUUUGCAUCGUCCGGAAUUUCCCGGUGACAAAUAUGAGAAAGUUUCUGCAACUCCAAAACGCGCUGCACGACAACGAAUGUGGCCGACGGGAGGUGGCAACGAUUGCAACGCACGAUCUGGCCAAAGUGAAGGGCUCCAUACGAUACCAUGCGGCACCGCCGGGCGAGAUUGAAAUCACGGCACUGGGCAGUGCAGCACAGGGUAAAGUGACAGCAGAAAAGUACUACGCUGAUCUGUGCCAUCAGGCAGAUCAGCUGCGGAAGGAAAAGAAGCGGAGCUCCUACUCGGGAGUGCACAAGUACAUAACACUGCUGACGGCAAAGGAAUUGUUUGCAUUUCUGAGCGAUGAGGAAAAAGUGAUUAGUUUGCCCCCGCUCACGAACUGUGAUGAGACAAAAAUCUCUCCCACCUCCACGGACGUGUUGCUGGAAGUGACGAGUAGCGUUGGACAUGGUCACUGCGUUCGAGUCAUGAACGCACUGCUGGAGGGUAUGUUACUGAUGGACGUGGAAGUAGUUGGUGGUGCAAGUGCAACCUCUUCGACCCCGGGUAAAGCGUCCAACCAGAUGGAAAAGAAGAAAAAAUCAAAAGUCUCCAAAGAAACGGAAGCCGCCAAAGUUCGUUACAAUCGCUCUGUCACAUUAACAGUGGAACAGGUCCAACUGUACGAUAGCGACGGUAAGCUUCAUUCGGUUUUCCCUGGUAAGGGAGAUCUGAGUGGGAAUGAAAUGGCGCGAAUAUCCGUAGAAAUGGCCUAA